AGAAGAAGAAAAGGUUGCAUGUAACCCGGAAAUGUCUUGAACAGUCGGAUCAUCCGUGAGCGUAGAAGAUGGCAGGGGUGUUUGAGGUAGAGGUUGACGGCGUGGAACAUAAUCAUGGACAUGGACAUCGCGACGACGCCUCUCAGAUCGGUCUGUCCGAGCGCUCACCAGAGGACAAGUGGAGGUUGGAACAUGCUAAAAUGCAUGCCAAACACAAAGGCCAUGAAGCCAUGCAUGCAGAGAUGGUUCUCAUUCUCAUUGUCACACUCGUCAUUGCCCAACUUGUCCUGGUUCAGUGGAAACAGAGACACCCCAAAUCAUACAAUUUGGUAACCCUCUUCCAAAUGUGGGUGGUUCCUCUGUACUUCACCACAAAGCUGCACUGGUGGAGGUUUCUGGUGACAUGGUUCAUCUUCUCUGUUGUUACGGCCUUCAUCUCUUUUCGUGCUACCCGCAAACCACUAGACUGCACCACUCCAAGGUUUGUUUAUAAAUGGUUCCUCCUAUUGUACAAGAUCAGCUACACCACAGGCAUUGUGGGCUAUACUGUUGUUAUGUUCACCCUCUUUGGCAUAAAUCUUAUAUUUAGAGUAAAGCCAGAAGAGGCUAUGGAUUUUGGCAUUUCGCUUCUCUUUUAUGGCCUGUACUAUGGUGUACUUGGUCGGGAUUUUGCAGAGAUGUGUGCAGAUUUUAUGGCAUCUACAGUUGGGUAUUACAAUGCAUCUGGAAUGCCCACUAAGCACCUGUCAGACAGCAUCUGUGCAGUCUGUGGUCAGCCAAUUCUUGUGGAUGUGAGUGAAGAAGGAAUCAUAGAGAACACAUACAGACUGUCCUGCAAUCAUGUAUUCCAUGAGUUUUGCAUACGUGGCUGGUGCAUUGUGGGUAAGAAGCAGACAUGUCCAUACUGCAAAGAAAAAGUUGACCUUAAAAGGAUGUUCAGUAACCCAUGGGAGAGACCUCAUGUCAUGUAUGGACAGCUACUGGACUGGCUGCGCUACCUUGUGGCCUGGCAGCCUAUUAUCAUUGGACUGGUACAAGGCAUCAAUUACAUACUGGGUUUGGAGUAAUAGCACCAGCAUAGAGGACGGGCAUGCUUGACUCAAUCUGCAGCAAAUACUACUUUGGUUUCACUGGCACAGGGACACUUUUCAAUGAUUGAUGCUAAUGUGUUUUGCUGUGGUAAUAUGUCUUCAAAUGAAAUUCUAUGAGCAGUCUGAUGCUGGAUGUUUUUAUUUACAUUUUUUCUUGUCAGACAUUUGUUUAUGGACUAUUUGAAGUUUGAACCUUGAGUAAUACAUCAGUAGCAUAAUAUAUAAAUGUUGCAUAUUAAAUGUCCAAUAUGGUCUUUGAAAUGUGCACGAUUUCCCAAAUGCACAUUUGGUUUUAUAAAAAUAAAUGGCAUAAAUAUGUGUUCUCCAUGUGCAGCUACUGUGCACAUGCACUCUUUUAUUAGUGUGAGCUAAAUAAUGAAGAAAAAAAAAAAUGAUUUUAAACUUCAUUUCAUACAUUUAGAAAAUUAUUUAAUAUUAUGCCACUCUUGUGAAUGGAGUUGAGCACUUAAAAUUAUGAAUCAUGAAAUUGUUAUCCAGAAGUAAUAAUGAUAAAUAAAUCACAAUUAUUAGCAUUAUAGACAGACAGUAUAAUGACAGACACUGGCAGACUUGUUAGGUGGUCAAAUGGUCCUUUGCCCAGUUUCAGUAAGUCUGAUAAUACAGUACUAUAUAACCACUGCUGCACACACUGAUAUGCUGUUGGUGGUGUUGUGUGCAGACAACCACCGUUAUGUCAACUCUUCCUGUUCUCUGAAUUGCAUAAAAUGUAUUUAUGCCUGAAACAAAUUAACUAUUUGUGAUUUACUUCUGCAAAUAUGCAGUAUCCUGUACAAGUUUCUUUGCUUCUCUGGCAAAUGUAUUUGGUUUUACAGUUUAGAUUUUUUGUUUUUUCUUCUAAUACGAGACAAGGAUACGGAGUAGGAGAAUAUUUGUUGGCACAGGUGACGUUUACAGUCCAUAUUAUAGUAUAGCAUUUAACUUAAAAGUAUAACAUGGAUGGUUUAUUUCAGGGAGGUGACAGGGUGGAGAAACAUGUAUGCACAAUCUUCCACAAUCUGGUAUUUAUAAAGGGAAUUUGGCACAUACAUAUGGCGCACAUAUGGUUUUACUUCAAAAUCUGUGCUGUACACACUUUUAGGAUAAAAUCUACAGUUUUAUACAUGAGACCUCUGAUCUCUAAGUAAUGUAUUUAAUGUACUUAAUGUCUAAAAAAAAAUGCAUAUAUUUAAAAUCACUGCAUCAGGAUGCUUAAUUUCAUGCUAGUAAUGCUUUUCCCCUGAUCGUUCUGAUCCCUCAGGUAAUCAGGCGAGUCAGGGAACAUAGACACAGAAAGAAAGAAAGCCUUUUUUAUUAAGUGUAUUCCACUCUCUAUUGUGAGUAGUCCCCGGUGACAACAUAAGAUAAAUGUUCUAUGAAAGACUGUAUAAACAUGGAUAAAUAAUGGUUAUUUUUAUUUAUUUAUUUAUUUUUUGCUCAGGCCAUCAUCACUAUCACUAUUGCUCAUACCAGGUUAUAGAUUUGAGGAAACCUCUAACCCUAAAUAUAUUCCCAAGCAAUAAGGGUGUCUAAUAACACAGCAGUUAGUGACAGCAAAGCAAUGCUCUAAAAACCUUUUGAACGUUAACCAUCAUAAAGUAAGAACAUGGCAAUUGCACACAAGACUACAGUAAAAUGCUCAACAAAAAAAAAAAA